AUGCCUCUUCAUCUACUUGGAAAAAAGUCGUGGAACGUAUACAAUGCCGACAACAUUGAGCGCGUGCGCCGCGACGAGGCAGCGGCCAAGGCGGCCGAGGAGGCCGAGGAGCAGCGCAUGCAAGAGGUGGACGCUGAGCGUCGAUUAGCCAUUCUGCGUGGCGAAACGCCUCCUCCGCUACCGGCCGAGCCCGAGAAGGAAGAUGCAGAAGGUUCGGCACGAUAUCCUCGCGCGCGAUCAGCCCCCGGCGGCCGCAGGAAGCGCAAGAGGGCCGGCGAAGACGACACCGAAUACGAGCUGCGCCUGGCCCGCGAGAGCAGACUCGAGUCGGCGUCGCAGCACCCCGACGAUAACGGUGAUGUGCGGCGGAGGAAGCCAACGAGCUCGGCACCCAUAACCGACCGAUCGGGACAUAUCGAUCUCCUGGGCGACGACAAGGCCAGGGCCCGCGUGGAGAAGAACGAGGAGGCCGAGGCAGAAGCCGAGAAGGAGAGGCAAAAGUUGACAGACCAGUAUACGAUGCGGCUUGCCAACGCGGCGGGGAGGGACAGUCUCGGCAAGAACCCGUGGUAUUCUCAGUCCGAUGAGACCUCAGCAGCAGCGCAGCCGCAGCCGAUGAAGGACGUGUGGGGCAACGACGAUCCCAAGCGACGGGAGCGCGACAGUCGGCGCAUCGCGUCGAGCGACCCGUUGGCCAUGAUGAAGAAGGGCGCCACGCAGGUGCGGGAGCUGAAGAGGGAGCGCAGGAAGUUCCAGGCUGAGAGAGAGGAAGAGCUAAGACAGCUGCGUCGGGAGCAACGUCGCAGCAGGAGGCACGAUGGGAGAGACGGGUCACCCAGAGGUACCUCAAGCAGACGAUACAGGUCCCGAGACCGAGAGGGUAGUGACCGCCAUCGUCUCCGCAGGAGAAGUAGCCACAGAGACCGCGAAGAAGCGGGGGAGGGAGAAGAAGAAGAGAGGCGCCAUCAUCAUCGCCAGAGGAGAAGCAGUCGCAGGGACGAUGAAGAAAGAGAAGAAGAAGAAGAAGAGAGGCGUCGACACCGUCGCAGAUCCCGUUCACCUCUUCGUGAAUAA